GGGUGGGGGUCAAAGAUACGCAGAGAAACGGGCUGCUGGUGGCGAAGAUGGCGGAUGGGGACAGUGGCAGUGAGCGCGGUGGCAGCGGCGGAGGGGGAGGAGGCGGCGGGUUCCAGCAUUAUCAGCGGGAACCGGAGACCCAGGAGCUGGCCUCGAAGCGGUUGGACAUUCAGAACAAACGCUUCUACCUUGAUGUAAAGCAGAACGCCAAAGGCCGGUUCAUCAAAAUCGCCGAGGUCGGCGCCGGGGGCUCAAAAAGUCGACUGACCCUCUCUAUGUCAGUUGCGGCAGAGUUCCGCGACUACCUGGGGGAUUUCAUAGAGCACUACGCCCAGCUUGGGCCUAGCACCCCGGAGCAGAUCGCUCAAUCGUCCGGUGGGGAUGACACCGGGCCUAGACGGGCCUUGAAGAGCGAGUUCCUGGUGCGUGAGAACCGAAAAUACUACCUCGACCUUAAGGAGAACCAGCGGGGUCGGUUUCUCCGGAUCCGACAGACCGUCAACCGAGGCCCCGGUUUCGGAGUCGGAGUAGGUGGCAUCCCCGGAGCUGGCCUGCAGGCCGGACAAACCAUCGCACUCCCGGCCCAGGGCUUAAUAGAGUUCCGCGACGCCUUGGCCAAGUUGAUAGACGACUACGGGGGAGAUGAAGAGGAGCUGGCUGGCGGCGGAGGAGCCGGGGGCUACAGCGAGCUCCCGGAGGGCACCUCGAUCAUGGUGGACUCCAAGCGGUUCUUCUUUGACGUGGGAUCCAACAAGUACGGAGUUUUCUUACGGGUGAGCGAAGUGAAGCCCAGUUAUAGAAACUCUAUAACAAUCCCCUUCAAGGCGUGGAGCAAGUUCGGGGGAGCGUUCAGCCGCUACGCCGAGGAAAUGAAAGAGAUCCAGGAGCGGCACCGGGAUAAGAUGUACGAGAGGAGAGCCGGAGAGGAGUCGGAGGGCGACGACGUGGACGACGAUUGAUGGAGAGGUGGCUACUUGUGAUGAAGCUGACAACAUGAUGCAAAGUCUGGAGAUAAACAGAGAAAGAGAGAGGGAGAGAGGAACGACUAUUCUGUGCAUGACGAAUCGAACUUUAAAAUGCUAAAACAACGGAGUAAAAUAAAAAGUAUAUUUGACUGAGAAAUUAACUGUCUAUAUAAGAGAAUCAUGUCCUAAAGUUUAGGUGGAUGUUAUAGCUAAAUGAGUGCGGACUGCAGUAGUCAGCUCCUGUAUGAGAUUCCCCAUUGAUAAAAAUAUAUAAAUAUAUAUCUAUCUAUAUAUAUCUAUAUAUAUAUUGAUUGUCCAUUUGAUAACCUCACACAUGUAGCCCAGCAAAUUAAGUUUAACAGUGCUCAAGACGCAGCAGUAGGUUACCAGUCUCCCUUCUUGGUUGAUAUCCAAUGGUAAGAGCUCACCUGGCGCUGACCUGUAGUCUGUGUGAUGAUAAUAAGGAAGUGUGAAACGUGUGACAUACUCAAACCAGCAGGUGCGGGGUGGGAUUGGGGGAGAUGGAGCGCCUGCAUCGCUCACCAUGGCUGUGUGUGUGUGUGUGUGUGUGUGUGUGUGUGUGUGUGUGGGGUUUUUUUUUUUUUUUUUUUUUUUGGGUCAAAAAAAAGAAAAAAAAAGUGACCUGUAACGAACGGCUUGCCCAGACAGACCCACAACCCCCCACCCCCCGAGCCACGGCCUCAGCUAUACGUGGGGGGCAUUCUUGGCAUCGCAGGACAUCCUCUCUGGCCCAGUGAGGUCCCCGUUAAGGUGAUCUGUUACAAGCACAUGACUCAUUUGGAUUCCCCCGGACAAUCCAAAUGAGUCCAAAUGACCUCCCCUUCCUCCUUCAACCCUCUCCUCCUCCCUCUCUCCCUCCUGGGCAUCCCUCAGGUGCUGACCUCCUGCUCCAAUAGCUGAAGUGUGGCGAGGCCUGCUCACACGAGGCUAGCUGUGUCUCUCAGGGCUGGCAAGUCCCAUCUGUAUUUCUUGGUGGGGUGGUGGUCUAUCAGCAUUACCAGUGCCUGUGCAUCAUCCUCAAGAGGUUCUAGGUGCAGAUCUGGUCAGCCAGUUGCUGCGGUUGAGACGUCUGUGGCAACUGAUGAUGUCUCAUACAACGCAGGGCCGCAUUUGACCCCUGUGACCUUUUGGCGAAAGGGGAUGCAGUGAGCUCAGGCCUCUAGCACUGGUCACGAUUUUUCAAGUUAAAGCUUAAUAUUGCCGGGCUUGAGCUACAGUCUCAAGGGAACUGACCUUGUUGACUUAUUUAGGGUGCGCCAUUUGGAUCCUUUAAUCUUGAACUCAGACCAUUAAUGACUGAAUAUUCAGUCUGAUUGUAAGAAAAAUUAGGUGCUUUUGGAAAACAAAAACCCACAGUGGGGUGCUGUACCUAAAGAAAAAAAAAAGAAAAAAAAUAUAUACUGGAAGAGAUUUACUUACUAAAAAGAUCAAGUAUAGAUAGAAUUAUUUUUCAAAAGAGAUAUAUUGAAAUAUGUCUUAGAAAUAUGAGACAUUUAUUAGAUAAUGCUGCCUAAAGUGGCUUAUUUAAAACACUAAACUUGGAUGCAACUGUCCAGGGUGAUAUUUCAUACCUGCUUUUUUUCCUAACAUUUCUUUUAUUCCUUAGAGGAAAUAAAAAAAAAGAGUACAACAAAUUGAUAACACAGUAUAUUAUAGCAAUUUCUAGAAACAACUUCAUUGAAGUAGUUUGUCAGCAAACACUCAGCACUCCAGUUCACUUUACAGAGCAUCGAGUUGUCCCCUCGUUUCACUCCACCCAUUUUACCAUGUUCUGUCAUAAAUUGGCUUUCCAUCAGUUGCCAUACGACGCAAACACAAACACCUGCAAUCAUCGACGUUUUGUCUUUUAGUGCUCCUUUUUAAAAUAUGAUCAUUUUUUUGCAUGCCUGCUCUGACGCGGAGCUGCCUUGUGUUCUUUUCUUUUGCAUACUCUGAUUGCUGUAUGAUGGUAUUUAUCCAUUUUUUGAGAGCGGUUUCAAGUUUUAUUUCUAUAUUGCAAUGGAAAAAAAAAGUUUAAAAGUUUACUUCUCAGCCUAAUAAUAAAAAAUAAAAAAAAGCCACAAAGUUCCCACGCUUUGGGGAACGUCACUUUCAUUGUCCCACUUCCUUUGGUGUGUAAACCUCUCGUUGAAUUUUACUUUACCCACUUCAACAACACAGCAGAGAAAUGCCAUAUGAAAAAAAAAAAACAUCUGGGAGCAAUAGUUUUUUCUUUUCUAUUGAUAUAAAUAUACUAUAUAUAAUAUUACACAUGAGAUUGAACUACAUCCUUCUUCCUGUACUGUGUUACGUGAAAUGGCAGCUGUUUCAGUCAUGUGUGUUCUGCUGUAAUAUUCUACCAAGUUCCUUUCAACGAGAAAUAAAAAAAGGUUUUUGCUCAGGAGAA